CACAUAAAUCAAAUCAUCACACUAUCUGUCGUACGGAAUAAUGUCGGUUCCCUUUCUUGUUUGUUUGCAGGUCUUUCUUUACGAGGACUUCACAUGUUUACUCCACAAACCUUCUUAGACGCUUUCUCUCAAAUUGAGGAUGAAUUCGUCCAGCUUGUGCGGACGACUAAUGAAGGUGACCACUCAAUGUUUGAAGUGGGCACGAGUUGUUUGGUUUGUAUGCUGUGGGGCGAUGAUUUGUUCGUCUGUAACCUGGGGGAUUCUCGAGCGGUAAUAGGCCGCAAGGUUAAGCUUGGCAGAUUCAAGAGGAAAGCAAUAACCAUUCCACUCACUAACGAAGACAACGUGAAUAUUGAAAACGUAAGACAAGAAAUCCAACAUCAGAAUCCAAAUGAAGAAGACAUUGUAAUACCAGAUGGAAAUGGAGUAUGGAGAAUCAGGGGCUUGAGUGAGGUGUCCGGUUCCAUAGGAGAUCUGUAUCUAAAAUUUCCAGAAUUUGCAACUGAUCGCCUUGAGGGGCGUCCUAUCAACAAAGCCCUUUUGAAAUCAAUACCCACCGUAAAGAGACUACAUAUAGAAGAGGACGACAUGUUUGUGAUAAUGGGCUCGCGUGGAUUCUGGGACCACAUAAGCAGCGACAAGGCUGUAGAGAUUGUUCACAACAACUCCCACUCUGGAAUAGCAAAAAUACUAAUUGGAGAAGCAUUAAACGUAGCGGCAAACAAACUAGCAGAAAAGAUAACAUCAACAGCAAUGGUGGGUGAAAAUGAGGGAUCACUUCCGAUGUAUGACGACAUCUCAGUUGUGGUCAUUUUUAUUGACCAACGUUUGUUUCAUCGUCGAGGCAAUACUAAGGAAUUCGUGUCUCUAAAGGCGUAUGAAGAAAUUCAGGAAUCAGAGUACAACAAAACCUACAGAGUAGAAUGGAAGGCGCCUAAUCCAGGCAUUAUAGUAGCAACUAGUCCUCCAAGCACCGGAGUAGCAACUAGUUUUAGGGGUGCAGCAAGUGGUUCAGGCGGUGGAGUUUUCCCAAACAAAACCAAGGCAGAAAUUCCAAUUUGCUGCGUGGCUUCAACUCAUGAAGGACGUCAUCCCGGAGUUGAGUCAGUUUGUAGCCAUGUCCUUUUUGAUUGGAUCACUCAACGUUCUCUGACACCCCCUUCGCCUUCUCCCGACACGACGCUAUUUGCCGCCGUUUCCUUCCCGGCUAACAAAGUUUUGCUUGGUUACCGUGUAAGCGUCACAAUAGCCAGAGGAAUGGACAUCUGUAGUAUAUAUAAUAACAGAAGGUUCAAUGAAGUGGCGAACAUGCAUGUUCAACACGUGUUGGAUAAGCGGGCACGUGGCAAUGCACGUGUAAUGUUAUGUAAAGUAGAAAUAAGUGGAAUCAAAUUCACUAUCCCACGGUCGGCUGGUCCGUAA